CUUCUCUCCUCGACGCUCCAAGCUCUGCUCUGGGACUUGGUUGGCCCGCAUUCUCCCAUCGCCAGCUGCUGCGGAUGCGCAACUAGCCAGCCCCCGCCCCACGCAGCCCGCCAGUCAUGUUCAUUCAGGUCACAAACGCACCCCCACCAUUGAAGCGCGCCACACCCAAAAUAGGCGGCUCAGAGGGAGGCUUCAUCGCACUUGUGGUUGUUCUUGCCGUGGUCGUCGUCGUGCUUUGCACCGCCGUCUUCAUCCUCCUUCGCGACCACAGCCAGUCUGACGAGGAACGUCGCGCGCGCCGCCACCGACACACCCAGCUCCCUGCCUCGGCAUACGACUUCAAGUACCGCGCGGCUACUGAUAUGUCGACCACUACACCCUCCCCAUCGGUCCUCGAUCGCAUCCGCCGUCUCGUCCAGGGACGCAAGCGCAACCAAGAGGCGACGCGCAUGCGUGGUUUCGUGCAAGCGGCAGGCGAUGAGUGGGACGACGACACGAGCGACCUCCGCCACAAUGGCAAAGACACCGCGUACGAUGGGACCCCACGCGACACGCCCUUUCGGCCACCGAAGGGCUCGUAUGCGACCACCGUAUCCGAGUCCUCCGUACAUAUUCACGACUCCGAGACGAGAGAGACGGCGACACCUCCCGGCUUGGGGGAUGCUACUCCUCGGUCGCACUCCCCUCAGCCAAUGGAAGGUUACACCGGGCGAGAAGAGUCCGCGCCGCGCAGGCCUCAUCCCUCAAGCCGACCCUUCUCCACCGAAUCAGCACAUUCGGUGCAGUCCAUGCAGUCUAUGCGGUCGCUCGAGAGCGGCACGCGCUUCAUUGAGGGCCUGUGAUCUCAUCGCGCAGCGCCGACACCCAACACGGCAGCACCGACGAUCUCCCAUAAGCCACCCCAUGACCCUCGUGAUUGUCGAGGUGCCAGAACCCUCCCUCUCACGACCGCUCCAGGACACCCAUUCAGUAUACGGAUGACCGCCCCAAGGUGGCGUCUCACGAAUGACCUUCGCUGAGUAUCUCAUGCAUUGUUCUCCAUGAUCACGUCUCCUCACGAUCUCUGUAUGCGUACCUUUCAUCGGGCGCUGUAUCCUUAACCCUCGCCUCGGACUCUGUAUGUACAUUCAGUACCCGA